CAAGCCGUCACGGCUGACCAGCUGGGUCCUUCUCGCCAUCUCCGCGCCUGCGCAUAUCCUCAGGCGUUUAGGCGCCCGCGCCGAUCGCUUGCCUGCGUCCCCCCACCCCCCGUGGAGGUAGAGACUGAAGACUACAGCACCAGUAGUGAAGACCAAGAAUGUAUGGACAAGCGAAGCAGAGGAGCACUUACAGCACUGCUUUGAAUCGGUGGACUGGACUGUAUUCAGGGAUUCAUCUUCGAAGCUAGAUGAAAACAGGAUUAUCUCUGAAGAACUAUGAAUGAGCUGUCUUCAAAUGGACAUCCUUUUCUUUGUGAUUGGGAUCAACUCCGGAGAACUAUGACCGAACUGUCCUUAAAAGGCCUUCCACUUCUGCAAGAUCCAGUUAUCGGAGAGCUGUUAGCAGAGAAACAAGCUGUGGAUUUGAAGAAAGAAGAGAAACUGAGGAAGAACAGGGAGGCCAUGAAAAAGCACCGGGAUGGAGAGACGGCAGAGCAGAGAGCAGAUAGGCUGCGUAAGAACAGAGAAGCAAUGAGGGUUCGCCGGCAGAUGGAAUCUGAGGAGCAGCGAGAUAUUCGGCUGCGUAAAAACCGCGAGGCUAUGAAGCGGUGCCGUCAGAUGGAAACUGAAGCACAGAGGGACGAGAGGUUGCGUAAGAACAGAGAACUGAUUAAAAGUCGGCGGCAGCAGGAAUCCCAGGAGCAGAGACAGGAGAGGCUGAGGAAAAACUGGGAAUCGACUAAAGUCCGACGGCAGGAAGAGACUGAGGAAGAACGAGAGCUCCGGCUACGCAGAAACUGGGAUGGAAUUAAAAGGCGCCGUGAGCAGGAAACGGAGGAGCAGCGGAAGAAAAGGUUGCGGAAGAACUGGGAAGGAAUCAAGAACCGGCGACAGCAGAAGAGCGAGGGUGAAAAGGAAGACAUGUUGUGCAGGAUUUGGGAAGCGAUGAGGCAGUUCACCCAGCAGGAAAUGCAAGAUGACAGAGACAAACGAUGUCAUUUGCUGUUGGACAGGGGGCUAGUGGAAGGAACACAGGAAGAGAGGCUGCAGAACAGGGAGGCAUCCCGGUGUUGUUUCCAGCAAGAGAUGGAGCAAAGGAAGUGAGAAGGGUGGCUGAGUCUUUAAAACUGGACAUGGUUUUGCCAGCAGUUCCUUUCACCAAUAAUGCUUGCCCGCUUCAGCUUGUUAAACAAUGCUGGUUACUACAAAACAAUUUUAUGCCAUAAAACAGUGGAUUAAUAUUGACAUGUGCAGAUGGUGGAUAAAAGCUGUCUUAAUUCAUUGUGGUUAGCGAUCCACCAGGCUUAAAUUGUCACAAACCAUGGGAUCACGGUAACUCCUGGAAGGAGGAGCUAGACAAUUGAUUCCUGAGUCAGUGGUAAGAGUGCAUAAGAGAUAGAAGCCGGAUUAGAUCUAUUAGCCCCUUGUUUGGAAGCAAAUUCUCUUUUGUGAAUAAAAUGCAGGAAAUGUUUCAUUGUGUUGUAUGUUACAGAUAAUGAACGUUGUGAUCCAGGCAGACAGCAGAAAUUCAGUCAUGCACUUCAGUCUCUCUGUGUACUGCUGGUAACUGUGGUUCAUGCUGUCCUUGUAAGGACCAGGAAGAGAGCCUACCAGCAAAGAAAAGAGAACUUUGGGUUCCACUGACUGUUUCAAAGGGUGUGGAAAAGACAAGUAAUGAUGAGAUUCAGUCUAGCUGUGUCCCAAAUAUGAAGUGCACUCAAAGCUCUGCCAAGUAUGUCUCCAGUCACUGUUUGGACUGUAUCAAAAUUGCUCUGGACCAACACAAGAUUUGGAUGUGUAUGGCAUUUUGGUGAAUUGUUGCCUUCAUUUUUACCAAGUACACUGUAACUGCAACAAUUUAAAAAAAAAAGUCAGUUAUUAAUUCCAAUUUACCAUACAACCAGGAGGUGUUUACACCACACUCCAUUCCUAAAUGGUGGCAUUUGUCGUUCUUUUGACAGGGUUGCUCCUUUAGAACACUUUGUGGGAAGCCCUGUGCUAUUGUUCUUUUUCUGUGCUUAACUAACGGAGGUAGAGUUUUGAUUCAAAAAUCUGCUGCCACUUGCUGUUCCUGGUGUUUGCUGUUUCUUGUUGCUCCAUGUUGCGAUUCUAAUUGUGAUACGAUGCUUGCAUAUUAUAUAAAUUUUAUCCAGAAGAUUGUAUUGUGGCUAACAUGCUAGAAGAAAGGAAUUGUUUAUCUCAGAGCCUUAACGUGGCUUGAUGAUGUGCAAAGACGCUGAAUGUUCAUCGUUAAUCAUUGGAGUCUAGUCAAACGUGGGAGACAAUUAAUGCAGGGCCUCUUAAAUAAUCCAGUUGUUAUGGUGUUGGAUAACUUGUAAAUUUUGUGUAGAAUACCAAAUGACACUUCUUAUGGGCAUCACCCAACUUGGAGCACAAAUCUUGGCUUAAUGUGUCAUUCUAACAGCCAACAUGUGAAGUAUUGGUUUUAAUUGUGGCUAAAGGAAAUGAGAGGGAGCACUUGCAUCUUGUCUGGUAUCUGCAAGGGUGGAAUAAAUGAGGCUUUAACAUCCAUUGUUUUGUCCUUGAAUUGGAACAUAACUAAGUUCUCCUAAACUUAAGUAGUGCUAGUGUUAUUACUGCUUGCCAAUUUUUCACUUACACACUUGAUUUUGCAUUAUAAUAUAGCAGAACGCUGUUGUGUAUGAAUGGCACCAGAAUUAAAUAGCAGGAAUCCAAAAUCAUUCCCCUUUGCACAAAUUAAGACUUCAAUCUCUAGAGUGGUGACGAGUUUAGUCAAAUGAUGUCGUGACAUCGAGGUCAGUCACUCUCACCAUGCCUGCUGAACUCAGGUCCUUCACUAGGCUGUGACCUGAUAGCAUAAUGGUUAGCGAAUGCUAUUACAGGGCCAGGGAUGGGUUCAAAUCUGUUGCUGUCUGUAAGGCAUUUGUAUGUUCUACCCAUGACCACUCUGGUUUCCUCCCACAUUCCAAAGACGUAUGGGUUAGUUGGUUAAUUGGUUACAUGCAUGUAAUUUGGCCUUUCAUAGAGUCAAAAAUGGUAUUUGCCAAAUUCACCCAUCAUCAGCAUCUUGGGAGUAGGUAGAGGGCAGAACUGGUGGCACCAUUGAUUAGACCAACACUUCCUGUCCCAUUGGUGUCUUGUGGCUGCAUUUUGUGCCAUCUGCAAUUUUUGGCUGAGGCUGGCACAUCAGCCACACCUAAAUGCCCAUGAUCACUGAGAAGGUUGAGGUCAGCAAGCACAGGGUAAAAACUAACUGCAGUUCCUCCUGCACUUCUGUUUCUGGCAUAGCAUUGGGAUGCAGAGGUAACAUUAGUGCCACAGAGAUCUAGAGACUUGGGGUCAGUCCUGCCAUCCUGUUCUGACUGUGGUCUUGGCAUUCAUAGGAGCCAAUUGGCAUUUGCCCUGGUGCCAUGCACAUCCCAGUGACGUGUUCCUUGGUAGAUGAAUUGGCUCCUGUAACUUACCCCUUGGGUACUGAUGGGGGGGGGGGAAUGGGAGAAUCUGGGUAGGGUUGAUGGGGGAUGGGAGCAUGGAAAUGUGGAGGAUUGGGUUAGCUCUGGGAGCCAACAUGGAUUCAGUGGGCUUGAAUGGCUGACUGUUUAAUCAUGAGAAACUAUGGGGACUGUUUCCCAACAACAUUAAAGGGGUGGCUGCACCAAAAGAAUUGUAGUGCCCUCAAGGUGGUUUCUUUAUAAGGGCAACAAAUGCUUGUCAGUGACACACUAAUACUGGAAAAAAAAUGGAUAAAUUUAACCCGUAUCAAACUACUGGAAUCUAAUCUAUUAAAUGUUGGGCUACCCAUGUUGUGCUAAUUGAGAAAAAUAGUGUUACAUAUGUGCUGAGGUACAGAGGAAAGCUUUAGUUUUGAGUGCUGGUUGUACAGUAUAGACCAUUUUAAAACUUAAGUACAUCGAUGAAAUACUAAAGAAAAAGCAGGAAAAGAACUUAGAGUUUAGGGUUAUAGAAGCAUAGAAAACCUACAGCACAAUACAGGCCCUUCGGCCCACAAAGCUGUGCUGAACAUGUCCUUACCCUAGAAAUUAUCUAGGGUUACCCAUAGCCCUCUAUUUUUCUGUGGCUCCAUGUACCUAUCCAGGAGUCUCUUAAAAGUCUGUUUUGGUGCAUUAGACCAUAAGACAUAGGAGUGGAAUUGUGGCAUUAGACCUAUAAAGUUUUCUCCACCAUUCAGUCAUGGCUGAUUUAUUUUUCCUCUCAACCCCAUUCCAUUCUCUCAUGCCUUCUCUCUGAAACCUUUGACAGCCUUACUAAUCAAAAACUUACCAACCUCUGCUUUAAAUAUACUCAAUGAAUUGACCUCAACAGCUGUUCUGUGGCAAUGAAUUCCUCAGAUUCACCACCCUCUGGGUAAAGGAAUUCUUCCUCAUCGCUCUUCUGAAUGGUCUUCCUUGUAUUCUGAGGCUGUGCCCUGUGUUCCUGGACUCCCCUACUGUAAGAAACAACCUCCCCACAUCCUCUCUGUAUAGUCCUUUCAAUAUUUGAUAGAAUCCACGCUGAGCCACUUAAACUGCCUGUGCCCAUCGGUCUGCACCGGGACCAUAGCCCUCCAUACCUAUCCAAAUUUCUCUUUAAAUGUUCAAAUAGAACUUGCAUACACCACUUCUGCUGACAGGCUGUUCCACGCUCUCUCAACCCUCUGAGGGAAAAAGUUUCCCCUCAUGUUCUCCUUAAACUAUUCAUCUUUCACCCUUAACCCAUUGACCUCUAGUUGUACUCCCACCCAAUUUCAGUGGAAGAAGGCUGCUUGCAUUUACCCUAACUAUACCCCCUCAUAAUCUCCUCUUAAUCUUCUAUGUUCCAAGGAAUAAAGUACUAACAUAUUCAAUCUUUCCAUAUAACUCAGAUCCUUCAGACCCGGCAACAUCCUUAUGAAUGUUCUCUGUACUCUCUCUGUCUUAAUUACAUCAUUUAUUUACCCCAUUCUUCUAAGCUCCAGCAAGUACAGGCCCAGAGCCAUCAAGCGUUCCUCAUACGUUAACCUUGUCAUUCCCAGGGUAAUUCUCGUGAACCUACUCUGGACCCUUUCCAUGGGAUGUUGUAUCCCAUGAAUUUUGUCACUUGUUCUGUUAUAGCUGUUGAAAACCAGGAGUUAAAAAAACUACAUGUUACCAUUUAUUAAAGGCUAGAAGCAACCUCACACAUGUCCUGGAUUGUCCCAGACCAUGACAUUUCAUGGAAUCGGAUGACCCCCACCAAAACUUGAUAUUACUGGCACUGACUGACCUCAAUAUACAGUUAAAUUUUGGGGUACUCAGGAAAAAGAAAAGAGGGUGAUUUAAAAACAGGUUAGCAGAGAGAGAGCAGUUUUACAUUUAACUCUCAUCCUGAUCUGCCUGGCUCUUACAUUGUUCUACCAAUGUCCACUCUGAGCUUGAAGAGCAGCAAUCUCAUGCAGUGGGUACGUUGCAACCUUCUGCACUUAAGAGUCAGAUUUAACAGUCUUAGUAUCACAAAUGGACAAUAUCACAUCCAGUAUUACACCCAGUAGGCAUUUUUCAACCUUCACUCAAUAUCAGAUUUGAUAAUCUCAAUAUCACAGUUACUGAGAUUGUACAGUUCUCCUGAGGGGUUUUCAUCUGUCAUAACUUCCUCACCACUAACAUUGCAGAUCUGACCUACAGCUCUAACCUGUAUCUCAGUUUCUGCCUAUACUGUCUAUUCACACUCAUUAACCUACCAACCUACUAUCCUUCAGUGAGGGUAUAUCCAUGGUAAUGCCAGCCUAUGAUGUCUCAUGGAAGAGUUUUGGACAAAAACAUUGACUGUUUAUUCCCUCCAUAGAUGCCACCUGACUUGCUGAGUUCCUCAAUAUUUUGUGUGUUGCUCUAUCAAGUAUGUUCCUGCUAUGUAGCUGUCUCCUAUCCUCUCUACUAACUAAUUAACACUUUCCUCUGCCAGUUCUGAUCAAGGGUUCCGUUUAGUCACUGUUUUAUCACAGAUGCAGCCUGAUGUAAGUGAAGGUCGUGUAAGUAGUGAAAUGGCUUGAAUUAGGUAUGAUCUGCCGCUUAUUUGGUCAGUGUGAAAUUGAACAGGUACCCUGAAUUUUCUGAAAUUCGGCCGUUCGGGAACUGGUUAUUUGAUCAACUGGUCUGGGGCGCGAGAUUUGACAAAAAGGAUCCUAUUUUGAAAAAAAGAUCGAAUUUUAUUCCAAGUUAAACUUGAAACUAAUUUCAUUAAAAUGUAUUUAAACUCCUGUCAAUGUGACAAAUUUGAAGAAUUAAGGACAUGGAUUUAGUGCAUGGAGUAAGAGAUCUAGUUCUAGUGAUCUCUUAUUCACUGAGAAAGUGGAUCACGCUGUGGGAGAUAUAGUGAAAGCAGAGUCACUGACAGCGGUUAGAAAGUGCUUUGAUCAGCACUUGAAUCAUUUGGGCAUUGAAGGCCACAGGCCAGAUGCUGGAAGAUGGGACUGAUGCAGAUGAGUACCCACCACACAAUGUGGAUGUAAGAUCUGUAUCCUCCAUCUGGUCACAUGACAUCUGUAUGCCUGCAUCCAGUAACUGGUCCCAUUACAUUUAUACCACAGUAUCAAGUCUCUGCCCCAUGACAUCUGUACCCCAGUAUUCGCCUCUACCCCCAUGACAUCUGUACCCCAGUAUUCGUCUCUACCCCCAUGACAUCUGUACCCCAGUAUCCAGUUUCUGAUCCCAUGAUAUCUGUACCCCAGUAUUCGUCUCUGCCCCCAUGACAUCUGUACCCCAGUAUUCGCCUCUACCCCAUGACAUCUGUACCCCAGUAUUCGUCUCUACCCCCAUGACAUCUGUACCCCAGUAUCCAGUUUCUGAUCCCAUGAUAUCUGUACCCCAGUAUUCGUCUCUACCUCCAUGACUUCUGUACCCCAGUAUCCAGUUUCUGAUCCCAUGAUAUCUAUACCCCAGUAUUCGUCUCUACCUCCAUGACAUCUGUACCCCAGUAUUCGUCUCUACCCCCAUGACAUCUGUACCUCAGUAUUCGUCUGUACCCCCAUGACAUCUGUAUCCCUCUAUCCAGUUUCUGUCCUUGUUAAGUCGUUUUGAGGUUAGGACAUAAGGUGAGUAUUGACUUCAGUGACCAAACUUUAGAUCUGAAUAUGCACUGAAGAUUAAAAUGCAUCUCUGGAUGAUGACGCUGGCUUAAAUUUGUCAUUUGUAUGUAUUUGGGUGUCUAGUAUGGGUGUGAAGGAAAGAGGUGUGUAAGGGCUGUGUAUUUUAAAGGAAGGAUUGUAAAUAUGGAUUUGCUUGAAUUGUCUUGAAUUUUUCUUUGAUUUCCCAAAAUCUUGAGAAAAUUUACAAGGAUGUUGCUGGGUCUGGAGUAUAUGAAAUGAUGUGUAGGGAUUGGGCCAAGCAGACCUUUCCACCGAAAGGGACUCAGUACGAUGCCUGCUGUAUUUUGUUUUGAGAAAUAAAGAGGCUGCAUCAUAACUACCAGUACUUUUCUCUGGUGACUUCAUUCAUGCAACAAUAUUUGGUGUCAGAAGUGAGAUACCUUCUUGCAUUCCAUCCUGUGGCCAGCGAUCUCAGCAGUCUAAGGUGAGUAUUUUUAAUACUUGAGUCUGUUCGGGUCAGUGGUACAUGUGAACGUGAGGUAUCAUGAACACUGAGAGCUGAACUGGUGGACAUAAAAGUAGUAUUUGCGUGUGUAUGUGUGUUUAUGUAAGAGACAGAACUUUGUUAAUUUGGUGAGACGGAGCCAUCAGUUGCGAAGGGUGGUCACUGAAAGUUCGAGACGCCAUUGAGGGCGUGUAUACUUGUUUCAAGAGCUGCAUUUUUUCCAUAUACGAAAGCAAGUGUGUGUGUGUGCGCACGCCUUCGUUGAGCAGAUGCGAGAAUACAGCAGGCAUCAUGAGUCAGGUGCUCAAAAGUGGCAGAUUGCAGAGCACAUACGCUAUAACUGGUGCCCGUUAUUUUUGUUUUGCGUAAUGUGGGAAAUAUUGCAGAGAUAUUUCAUGGAGAAGUUUUACUCAGAUGUAUCUGUCAGGAUGGCAUCUGUUGAGGUCAGGCAACAUCAGAGAACCCUGACGAUCCGAGCCAACCCUUGACCCGGAUUACAAGCAUUCAUAAUCCCUUUACCCCAGGGGAGAAACAAGGUACUUUAUCAGAGCUGCCCUCAAUUAAAGUUGUCUGUGGUAAUUUGGAAUUCUGGGGCAAGCUUGAGGAAAUGGUUGAAAUCCUCCAGAUGCGCCCUGAAGAUAUAGACGUGCUGGUAAAAGUGAAGCGCCCAAGGAAUAUGUGGGACAGUAUGGCCUGGGGGUGCGGGAUGGUACACGGACAACUACUAGGAAUGCUCUUUUAAACAGGAAGUGAGGCAGCAUCUGGAGGGAGGUGAGAGUAACUGGGGAAUGAUGGUGGCAGUGAUUCAAAGAGCUGGUGAGAUCUAUGGAAUAUGCAGAACAUAAACAUCAAGCAUAUGAGAGUUGGAUAAUCCAGGGAGGGAUGACCCAGUCUUCCAAAAAAUGAUAAAGGAAUGCCUGACUUCUCCCACCAGUAAGUUCUAGAUUUAGGGAUUUAGGGACCUACUCUGCUAAGGUUUUAUGGGCCAGUGAGAUAGACUUAAAGGAAAUACAAAAGAAAUCGUAAAGUGGCUAAAGUAGAUGCAGCUGCUGUGAUGUCACAAAGGGUUUGCUUUGUGUGCCGGCAGUUGGGGCACAUAACAAAGAACUGCUGGAAUAGACAUGAAGGGUAAAGGAGUUGAUACGCUACAGCUGUGGCCUAUCGGGACAUGGUUUGAGGCAGUACCCAAAAAAGAGGAAAGACAUAUAGGUGAAAGUCCUGGCAGACGUGCAAUCUCCCAUUCCUUCAGCACUCACACUGAGCAAUCUGACUGUUAUUCAGAUCAUAGAGCUGGUGAAGAUGGCUUCUAGUUUAGAAAAGAAGUGGUGGUCCCCACUGCCAGUGCUGGUGACCCACAUAUGUACACAACAGCAUUGUUAGGGGCCCAGCAAUGCAAUAUGUUAGUGGACAGGGCACCCGUAUCAAUAACUGACCUACCCUUGCCAACAACCAGACAGGCUAUUUAUAUUAGAGGUCCAGGAGCAAAAACGGUGAAAGCAGAAAGAAGCAAGUCACAGACACUCAAAAUUGGCAGGGUGCAGCUUUCAGUGUAUUUCUGGCAACAGAAAAUCUGCAGAUGCUUGAAAUCCAAGCCACACACACAAAAUGCUGGAGGAACUCAGCAGGUCCCCUCAAUGUAUUUUUGGGUCUGUCCUGCACAUCGAUGAGAGGGCCUGUGAGCCUGAUGCGUUUACCUGGCUGAUGUCUCUAGAUGAAGAGUUUUGGCUAUCAGAAAAUGAAGGGGUGAAGACAAAUAAUGUGAUUAAGCUGCAAUUGGCCAGCAGGGAAAGAACCAACAGGCGUACGAAUAAAGCUCUAUUUCUAAAGACCGUUGUUCAAAUUUCUGGAACAAUCUUUCUGCUUAGCAUUCUGAACGUAGCCAUUAAGGAUGAUAAGAUAGAUGUAGAUGUACUUGGCGUAAUUGGGAGGGUUCCAAAGUAGGGCAUUUCUGCUGCCCUAUUUGAGUAGAUCCUCUGUAAGGCUGGCCUUUCAUGGUACAAAUUUAUUUUGCCAAGAAUGAUUUUGGGAUUAGGAUGUAAAGUGAAUAUUGACUUCAGUGACCAACCUUCAGCUCUGAAUAUGCAUUGAAGACCAAAUCUAAAAUGCAACUCUGAAAAAUGGGUAGACAAUGCUGAUUUAAAUUCAUUAUUUGGGUGUCUGUAGAAUGGCCGUUAAGGAGAGAGGUGUGAAAGAGGGCGAUCAAAGGUUAUGGUGAGAAGGCGGGGGAGUGGGACUAAAUGGGAGUAUGGAUCAGUUCAUGAUAAAAUGGCGGAGCAGACUGGAUGGGCUGAAUGGCCGAUUUCUGCUCCUUUGUCUUAUGGUAUUUCAAAGGAAACACUAAAUAUGGAUUGUUUGAAUUCAGAAUUUUUCUUUGAUCUUUAGCAUAUAAAAUAAUGUAUAGGGCUGGACCAAGCAGACCUUUCCACUGAAAGGCACUCAAUAUGGUGCCUGCUGUAUCUUGUUUUGUCGCAUAAAGAGGCUGCUUAAUAACUACUAGCACUUCGGUGACUUCAUUCACACAAAAAAGCCCUCAUGACUUCUGUAUCCAGUCUCUGCCCUCGUGACAAUGGUAUCCCUGACUCCAGUCUCUGGCCUCCCCCGCCACGUCCGACUCCCAUCCCUGGCCCAGUGACAGCUGUACUCUUGUUAAUGGUUCUGUAAGUUUUUCACUGCGUCAUGGGGCAAAGAGACCAGAUAUCUGAUCUACUCUCCAGCCCUCAAAUUGGUUAUGUGUUCAUUGAUCAUUAGUUCUCCUGCGUUCUAGAAAAUAUAUUAUCCCCAGCUCUAACAUUGUGAAUCUGUGCUAUUCCUCCUUGAUACCUAUUUCCCAUGGGUAAGAUGACCAAAAUGUAAAUACUCCAGGUAUUGCUCUGUAAUUGCAGUAGGAGUGAAUAAUCUCUCGAUGUUUUAGGUAGACCCUUCACCAAAAAGGGAGCAGAAGCAAGAAACAUUGAGUGCUUAUUCCUGUCCCUAGAUGCUGGCUGACCUGCUGUGUUCCUUCAGCAUUUUGUGUAUGUACUUUGCUCUUAAUUUUCAGUAUCAGCAGAGUCUUUUGUGUUUAUAAUUUCAUUUUGAACAUUAUAAGAAUUAAACAGCAAGUGAGAGAGAAGAGGGAAGUCUCAUCCAUGGUGAUAUCCAGCAUGUUGCUAUUAAAGAGAAGUCUGUUUUUGUGAUCUUUUUCAACCUGAAGCACCAGAUAGAUGACUCACCUCUGCUUCCCCGUGACCUAAAGUGUUAAAAUUGACCCACAAAUGCUGCCCGAUCUGCUGAGUGUUUCUAUCAAUUUUCUAUUCCAUAU